AGUGCAGCGAGGGGGACUGUGACGCACGCCGAUGCUCUGUGCUUUCCGCUGAUUGGCCCCGGCCAGUGCCGCUCACAAGAGCUUGCGGAGCAGAUUAUGAAGCGGCACUCCGGCAGCGGCAGUUUCCUCUCAUUGUCUCAAUGGCUGCGCACGCAUUCCUCCUGUGCUCCAUCGCCUUGCUGUCUGCUCUCAGCCGGCCUGCUGUGACUCUCUCCGACGAAGCGCUGCAGCCGGGACUCAGCUAUGAUGAAGUGCCUGAAAUCUUGGACAGAAGCAGAGAGAACCCCAAACAAGCCACAAGAGUCACAUCAAGUCAGGACGGCGAGUAUGGCUUAGAAAACGAAGAGGUCAUUUUAACGCCCCAAGAUGAAAACCCACUCAGGAGAAUCCUGCAGCCUUUCAAGUGGAACCAUGCAGCGAUGUCUCACAGCAAGAGGAAGCUGCUCCAGUCGCUGAUGGGCCCGUACGGCCCCUUGAGCGUGUCCUACAAUGGGAAGACCUGCAUUCUGUUCAAGGCCAAGCGCCUGGCCAUCCGCUACCGGAAUCACACCUUCAUCGAUCUGACUGAGAGCGUGUUCAAUCCCAACUCACCCGUGGACACCAAAGGCUCCGUCUGCACCAAGGAGAAGGCCACGCUUUCAUUAAAGUUUGGUGAUGUGGAAGACUUGCGAGGUCUCGUAAUCAGGCUUCAGAUGUCAAACACCUUUUACGAGGCAGCAGGUCAAAACUGGUUCACCCUGGACAGCGUGCACAUCCACUACAACUGGACGCAAGAGGCCACGUUCAACGCCAGCGAAGUUUACGCGCCCGCCACCUCGUCCUACCACUGCCAGCACGUCAGCAGUCUGCACAAAUAUGACACCCUACUGGUGCCCAGCUCCCACACGGACACGUCCGCCAACUGGCACAUCACUUUCACCGAUUUCCAAAUUCAAGCCUUCAAUGUGCAGUCGGACAAGUUCGCGUCGGCCAGUGACUGCGCCACUUUCCUGACGCCGGCCAUCCUAAUGGGCUUGGUGACGUCUCUGAUCCUGCUCCUGGUCUUGGCCUACGCCCUUCACAUGGUGGUCCACCUCAAGCACAUCGACCGCUAUGAGGAGCACAAGGCCACCGUCUACUUCCCCCGCAGUCCAGAGGCCGAGUUGCCGGACAAGAACAGUCUGUGAGGAAAGCGGACAGGGGCGGAGAGAGGAAAAGCGAGGCUGAGGCGGAGAGCAAGUCAUGGAAAAAGUAUCCUCCACAGAGUAUUUCUUGAACAAAAUGCCUGUCCACGUGAAAACCUUGUAAAUCGCUCGGAAGUAAAUGCAGGAUACUCUUUCCUCAUUGACUUGUAUCUUGGCAUCCAUUGUCUGGAUGCUCAAGCCUCUCCUGGGCCUUCAGUCCGUGAUCCAAAUGUCAAAGGUCAAGGACAGUCCCGGUGCCCUGAGGGGCAACAAGCGGCCUUUACCCCAGCCAGCCAUGCGACCCGUACUUGGCUAUCUGUCGCUAUCACAGCUAACAUCUGAUGCUCUCGAUUAAAUGUCUCACAAGUGUCAUAUUACAAGCUUCCGUCGCUCGUCGUCUUUCCAGCUUUCUCUAAAGUAUCCUUUGUCUUACUGCUGCAACAACUAUAUUCUUCAAAGGGCCAGUUUUAGUCCUGCUAGCUGCAUGCCAUAAAAAGCUGCUCAAUCUGAGCUAGUGCAGUGUUUCCAGAUAAUCGGAAAGUGUUGCAUGAAGCGCAGUUUAAAAUAAGCCAACGGGGCACAACGCAGAGUCCGCCAGAAUGAAAAAACAAGGAAACUCUGGUCUGGCGUCUGGCUGGAGUGAGCGGCCCUUCAGAGCUUUCGAUGUCUCCCGCCCCGUCCCUAAACGAGACUGCUGCUUGGGAUUUAACUGUGAAAUGGCCUUGUACCGGACCGGACUGGACCGGACGGGCGAUGAGGGCGGAGGGGGUCCUACAAACUCAAACUAGCACAACGUCGGUUAGUAGUAAAAGCACUAACGAUCGAGAAGACUUUAAAGACUACACGGGGAACAAUGCUGCAAAAGAGGAGCGCAUCCCUCCGGUGAAACGGCUCACCCGAGGGUCACGUUUUUGGACAAGCGAGGCCAUGGCUCCUCCAUCCGAGACACUGAAAAGUGAAGCUUCAAAGGUCUUGCCACAAAAUAUGGUGAGUGGGAUAUUGUGGGAAAAGAGCUAACCGUUCCAGCUAUGUGCAAAAAAAAACAAAAACAAAAAAAACAUACAGUAAAUGUACAGAAGUGUCACUCUGCGGAGGUCAUUUUUUUCUCCUUUUUCUUUUUGUCUUUUUUAUAUACGACGUAACCAUGACAAAUUGUUACUGGUGCAGGACAACGACGCUCAUAUACAAGUUGUAGAUGCAUCUGGAUCUCUUUGUAACUACAGCUGUUUACUUCAAAUACAGCACAACUAAGAAACGUAAUGACAAGACAUUGUGCAAUGGGAUGAGGAUUAGUGAUAUGAUUUCCCCCCCUCCCCUUAAAAUGUUUGUUUGUUUUAAAAUGGGGUCUGAUGAAGUCAAGUCCAGUCUGAUCGAACUGUAAAUCCAAAUUGCUGCCAUAGAGGGACAAUGCGAUGAAAUGCCGUACAGCAAGUGGGACUUACAGAUGCCAUUAUUAUGCCAGACGCCACACUAGCAUCAGGAACAGCAUCAGUAAGUCAUUAACACUGGUUUAAAAAAAAAAAAAAAAAAAAAAAAAAACACAAAUAAAAAAAGUCAGCAUGACAGUAAGUAGAUAUCUUAACAUUCGAUAUGGCAGUUCUGUUAAUCUGUAGCAGUGUCAAACGUGUUCUUUGGUCAUAAGUGUAUCCUACCAAGUAUGAAGUGAGUGCGGGUAGUUUGUCCAAGGACCAAGUGAUUGAACAAUAAAUGAUAUUUAGAGGAUAUGGCGUGCUUUGUUGUGUUGUGGACGAACACGGCUAAUAUUCCCAUUCACGGUUUUACAUGCGUUGUAUUGCAUGUUUAUAGCCUGAAUUCCACCAAUAUGAAACUGAGAAUACCGCCCAACGAAAUUGCCGGAUUAAUAUUUUCAUUCAAUGGUUACAUGCGAUCGAUUAAAAGAAAAAAUAAUAGUAAAAUAAAUUAAAAAAAAAAAAAUAAAUAAAUAUAUAUAUAUAUAUAUACAUAUAUAUAUAUAUAUAUGUUUAUAUGUGGCUUGUGAUUGGCUGGCGACCAGUUCAGGGUGUACCCCGCCUCUCGCCUGAAGAUAGCUGGGAUAGGCUCCAGCCCGCCCGUGACCCGUGUGAGGAUAAGCAGCACAGAAAAUGGAGGGAUAUAUGUAUAUAUAUAUAUAUAUAUAUAUAUAUAUAUAUAUAUAUAUAUAAAAUCACCCCCCCCCCCCCUUUGGAUUUUGAAACACAUUCUGGGAAAGUGACGUGAGGUGUCGCAUAGAUACAGAAACAAAAACAGAACUGUACUUUCCUAGGCGAACCAGUAGAGGUCAGAAAAAAGAAUGUCCAGCGAGAAAAGCUUCUUUAAUUAGUGAUUGUGUGGUGACAACGUUGUGAAAAAGAAGAAGACAAAAAUAAAAAAAUGAAAAAAAAAAUCAGAACUGCACGUUUAGAUACUUAAUUCUCGGUGGUUUUUAUAGUUGAAUGAUUCGGUGUGACAUUCCUUUACAUCCUCUAGAUGUCACUGUUUGAUUGCCUAGUAAUCAUCUGCCCUUGCUUAUGGUAAGCCAAUACAGGACUCAAGUGUCUCCAACUUAAUGUUUGCUUGACGCGUAACAAGAUUGACAAAAAAGAUUCGGUUGAAAAUGCAAGCUAAGAAAAAUAUACCAGGAAGGAGAAAAAGGAUUCCUCAGCAUCUUUCAACGGAUUUCUUUAUAAUGGCCUGAAAACAUCAAUAAUCGCUAAUCAUUUGUUGGCUUCAACCUCUGAAAGAAUCUCCUCAUCACACUUUUUUUUUAACAUUUCAGCAUUAAAAAAAAUAUAUAGCUAGCUCACAUUAACAAAAUUUGCAGUCAAGACAAUCACAGACUCAAAAUUCCCCCCCGUCCCCUAUCAGCACAACUGGCACGGUGGGGCCUAAUUUUAGCCCCCCUAGGCAUGUUAUUAUUGCAAAUGAGGCGCUAAUCAACAAGGCAGCGCAGCCCGUGGGCCAGCAGCGAAUAUUAAUUCCGGGGGUGGGGGGGAUCGCGCUGUUCCACAUAUGCUGCUGCACAACCAGGAAUAUAAAUAUUCUUGUAGGCUUUGUAGCAGGAAGUUUCACAUCUGAAAUAACAAGAUUCAAGUGGAAAGCAAGCGAAGCAAAAAUAAUGAGGGGAAAGGGGACGUUUAUUACGGGAAGGUGUUGUAUAUAAAACAGAAGCAGGUGCAAAUCAUUCGUCCAGAAUGAGGAGCGCUUGCGAACACAAAAAUAAUACAAGAGUACCGACAUUGUUCGCUUGUUAUCGCUCCAAAUAAUGACAACACACCUCUCCCGUUUCUUUGAACCAGUUUGACUUCCUGUUAGAGGAUCAUUUCAUACAAUUUGUUUGGUUUUACGCAGGCACGGGGAGAACAUGCGAACUCCUCUAAUUAACCCCAAAUGAAUUAAAGUGGAAGCAUAUGUAAAAUUCUCCCAAGGACUCAAAUAAAUGCCCCUAAAAUAUCAUAACACUUUGGUUGCAAUUGAUGACAGAGGGGAUAACUUUUAUUGUUUUAAAUGCAUGAAUGAAGAAAAAAAAGGUCUGCUGCGAAAAGGGCACUUUUUUUUCCAACUGUGGCGAAAGGGCAGGUGCUUGAGCACUACUUGGGGCCUAUGUGUGCACGUGCCUGAAAAAUCAUUCAUGUGCUCUUUGAAAGCAGUUUGUACUCUUUCCUAUUUUGAAAACUUCUCACGGAGGCUGUCUUCAUAAGUUUUUUCUUUUUUUUUUAAAUGUACUGUAUAUAUUCCAGUAAUGCAGUGGGUUGUUGGUAGCCUUGCUUAUAUUGCGUUUUAAAAUGGAUUCCAUCUGUUCUUUUCAAGGUUUAGGUUUUGUCCUGAGAUAGUUUGCCUCACCCUAAUUUGUCCACUGUGCGCAUAAUGUAUACAUGCACAUAGUCAGAGCUGGAUCAAGGCAUAAGGGAACCAAGCGGCACAAAAGGUGUUUGUUUGUGUGUGUGUGUGUGUGUGUAUGUGUGUGCUUUAAAUUUUUUAAUAUUUUUUAAACACAUUAAACAUGGUGGGAGGAAUCAAAUUCUGCUGCUUUGGGUCCCAUUAAGGUUUGGGCCAGCACUGUACGUAUAGUCAUGUACUGUAUGUAAAACAGCGACAUCUGGUGGAUACUGCAAUCAUGGCAUCUGUUCUGGCGCAAUGCCCCGCUCUGUGGAAAUCCUAAUGUCUGCAAUAAAAGUGUUCAUUUUA